UGGCGCGGGCCUGAGCCGGAGCGGUUGCCGUUGGCGCUGAGCGACCAGGAUGCUCGAGGCGGGUGGACGUCCAGGGUCCAGGGUUGGGAGACUGAGGGAGUCCCCCUAACUCGCCAGUGGGAGAGGGGCGGGAAGGCUGGGGUCGCUUGGAAGCGUCGGGUCUGAAUCUCACGACUAAGCCUCCUCCUUUAUGCCCGCGCUCGCCCCAGAGCCUAGGACUUGCGCCCUCUCCCCUGCCACUCCCCCCAUGCGCCGGGUGUCCCAGCCCCGGCGCCCGCCCUGCAGUCCCCUCUCUCACGCCCGCUGCGAACCCCCCCGCUCUGUCUUCAAGCCCUCGCCCCCUGCAGCCCCACACUGUCCCGCGGAGCCCGCCUCCGCCUCGCCCCUGCCCCUCCAGCCCUCUCCCGCCCGGUCCCGGCACUCACGCCACUGAAUUCCAACUGAGAUUCAAGCUCCCGGGAUCUCCCUUCCGGGGCAGUCCUGAGCCGGCUAGCCUCCAGGUAAGCUGGCGGCUGCAACUUCGCGGCCUUUCCUGAGGACGGGGCUGGCUCCUCUCGGCAGCCACCUGCAGCCAGGCGCCUCCAGGAGUCCCAGGCCCAGCCGCGGGGCCGUCCGAGAGCGCAGGUUAACAUUCCCGGAUGCGCAGGACAUGUUCCCGAUUUGAGGUGAAACCAUGAAGAGAAAAUAGAAUAAUUAAUAAUGCUUUUCCGCAACCGCUUCUUGCUGCUGCUGGCCCUGGCUGCGCUGCUGGCCUUUGUGAGCCUCAGCCUGCAGUUCUUCCACCUGAUCCCGGUGUCGGCAGCUAAGAAUGGAGUGAGUAGCAAGAGUCGAAAGAGAAUCCUGCCUGACCCUGCGACAGAGCCCCCUGUGACAGACCCCGUUUACGAAGCCCUUCUGUACUGCAACAUCCCCAGCGUGGCCGAACGCAGCAUGGAAGGUCAUGCUCCGCAUCAUUUUAAGCUGGUCUCAGUGCAUGUGUUCAUUCGCCAUGGAGACAGGUACCCACUGUAUGUCAUUCCCAAAACAAAGCGACCAGAAAUUGACUGCACUCUGGUGGCUAACAGGAAACCAUAUCACCCAAAACUGGAAGCUUUCGUUAGUCACAUGUCAAAAGGAUCUGGAGCCUCUUUCGAAAGUCCCUUGAACUCCUUGCCUCUUUACCCAAAUCACCCGCUGUGUGAGAUGGGAGAGCUCACACAGACAGGCGUCGUGCAGCAUUUGCAGAACGGCCAGCUGCUGAGGGACAUCUAUCUAAAGAAACACAAACUCCUGCCCACUGAUUGGUCUGCAGACCAGCUCUAUUUAGAGACCACUGGGAAAAGCCGGACCCUACAAAGUGGGCUGGCCUUGCUUUAUGGCUUUCUCCCAGAUUUUGACUGGAAGAAGAUUUAUUUCAGACACCAGCCAAGUGCGCUGUUCUGCUCUGGAAGCUGCUAUUGCCCGGUGAGAAACCAGUAUCUGGAAAAGGAGCAGCGUCGUCAGUACCUCCUACGUUUGAAAAACAGCCAGCUGGAGAAGACCUAUGGGGAGAUGGCCAAGAUCGUGGAUGUCCCCACCAAGCAGCUCCGUGCUGCCAACCCGAUAGACUCCAUGCUCUGCCACUUCUGCCACAACGUCAGCUUUCCCUGCACCAAAAAUGGCUGUGUCGACAUGGAGCACUUCAAGGUAAUUAAGACCCAUCAGAUCGAGGAUGAAAAGGAGAGACGGGAGAAAAAACUGUACCUUGGGUAUUCUCUCCUGGGUGCCCACCCCAUCCUGAACCAAACCAUCAGCCGGAUGCAGCGUGCCACCGAGGGCAGGAAAGAAGAGCUCUUUGCCCUCUACUCUGCUCAUGAUGUUACUCUGUCACCAGUUCUCAGUGCCUUGGGCCUUUCUGAAGCCAGAUUCCCAAGGUUUGCGGCCAGGUUGAUCUUUGAGCUUUGGCAAGACAGAGAAAAGCCCAGUGAACAUUCUGUCCGGAUUCUUUACAAUGGCGUCGAUGUCACAUUCCACACCUCUUUCUGCCAAGACCACCACAAGCAUUCUCCCAAGCCCAUGUGCCCCCUUGAAAACUUGGUUCGCUUUGUCAAAAGGGACAUGUUUGUGGCCCUGGGUGGCAGUAGUACGAAUUAUUAUGACGCAUGUCACAGGGAAGGAUUCUGAAAGGUGUGCAGUGCAGCGGGAUAGAAUCUGCCAAUCAGAGCACCGGGAAAGGGCCACUGCUAGUUCUGUCUGUUGCUAAGGGUAGAAGAUUAUUGCUUUUCAAAGGCUAAAUAUUGUUUGUGGGAACCACAGAUGUCUGGGGGUUGAAUGUUGCUAUAAUGCGGUAUGUGAAUUGCUUGGUACAAAAUGGCCAGUUCACAGAGGAAUAGAAGGUACUUUGUCACAAGCAGACUUUGCUUAGAAUACCAGAAUGGGUUCAAGACCCAAAGUUGCCAGUCCAAGUUUGCACCCUUCAGCCUGCCUCAUGGUAUUGUGUGAUGGAACCAGCACACCUCAGCCAAAAUUUUUUUAAUCUUAGACAUUUUUAUCUUGUCCUUGCUAAGGAUUUCUUGAAGUGAUUUGUCUAAAAUAGGGGCUGGCAAACUUUUUCUGUAAAGGGCCAGACUGUAAAUAUUUCAGACUGUGUGGACCAAAAGGCCACAUACAGUCUCUGUCACAACUACUUAGUUCUGCUCCUGAAACAGAAAAGCAACCACAGACCAUACGUAAAGGAAUGCGUGUGGCUGGGUUCCCGGGCCGGACAGACAGCUGGUGGCCAGCUUUGGCCCCUGGGCUGUAGUUUGCUGACCCCUGACCUUAAAAAUAGGCUAUACUACAAUUGCACUUCCAGCACUUUGAGAACCAGUUGAAUGCCAAGAAUUUUUCGAUGGUUUUUCCAGUAAUUUCUGCUAGAAACACAGAAUUUGGUGUGUAUCUGACACUAGAACAAAACUUGAGGGGAAAUAAACUGAAUCAGAAUGACUCAUAGAAAACUGAUUAGAUGAUUACUUGAUAUUCAUGAUGAUUGUGGUACAAGAUAGUUUUAAGUACAUCCUAAAUAUUUGUCUGCUGUAGUCUAUUUGCUGUAUAUGCUGAAAUUUUUGUAUGCCAUUUAGUAUUUUUAUAGUCUAGGAAAAUAUUUUCUAAGACCAGUUUUAGAGGACUCUGAUUCCUGUAGUAAUAUUCAAUUUACUGUACCUGUUUGGUGGUUAGAAGGAGGCUAGAAGAUGAAUUCAGGCACUUUCUUCCAAUAAAGCUAAUUAUGGCUCAUUCCCUUUGACAAGCCGUAGAAUUGAAUUCAUUUUUAAACCAUUUUCAUCAGUUUCAAAUAGUAAAUUCUGAUUGAUUUUUAAAUGUGUUUUUGGAAGAACUUUGCUAUUAGAUAGUUUACAAAUCUCUAUAAGGUGUUUUAUAUAUUAGAAGCAAUUAUGAUUACAUCUGUGAUUUCUGAAUCAAUGGUGCUAAUUCAGAGAAAUGUCAAGUGCAAGUGAGAUUCUCUGGUGUCAUUAGCAUUCCAGCCUUUUCUCUUUGUUUUUGUCCAGUGUUGCAUUUGAAUAUGUCUGUUUCUAUCAAUAAAUUUUUGAAGAAUA